AUGGAUUUGCAAAACCAAACUGAAUUGACUGAGUUCAUUCUUCUGGGCUUUUCAGCUCUGGAGGACAUCCACAAUGUACUCCUUGGAGGGUUCCUGGUCAUUUAUUUAUUCACUUUGCUGUGGAAUACUUUCAUCAUCAUCAUUGCUAUACUGGACAAAAGGCUCAGAACCCCCAUGUAUUUCUUCCUUGGCAAUCUCUCUUUUCUUGAUAUCUGCUACACUACCACAACUAUUCCCCAGAUGCUGGAUCACCUUCUCUCAGAGAGAAGCAACAUUUCCUACCUGGGCUGUGUGUUCCAACUAUAUCUGUUCUUCUCCCUUUUGGGCACAGAAUGCCUCCUCCUGGCAGUGAUGGCAUUUGACCGCUAUGUUGCCAUAUGCAACCCUCUGCGCUACACACUCAUUAUCAGCAAAAAUAUUUGCCUCCAACUAACAACAGCAUGUUGGGCUGGUGGUUUCCUCAACUCUGCCAUACACACAGUCUAUGCAUUCCGGCUACCUUUCUGUGGGGACAACAGAAUUGAUGCUUUCUAUUGUGACAUUCCACCACUGUUGAAGCUGUCAUGUGGAGACAUCUCCCUCAACCAAAUGCUCUUGCUUUAUAUUGGCUUGCUGAUGGCUUGGACACCAUUUUUAAGCAUCCUUCUUUCAUACAUUUACAUCAUUUCUACUGUCUUAAAAAUACGUUCUUCAGAAGGGAGGCAAAAGGCUUUCUCCACCUGCUCUUCCCAUCUCACUGUGGUUCUUCUAUACUAUGGCAGUGCUAUCUUUACAUACUCAAGACCUGUUUCCACUCAUUCAUCAAUUAAUUCAAGACUGGUCCCACUGAUGUAUAGUAUCUUGACCCCACUUUUAAACCCUAUUAUAUAUACCUUACGCAACAAGGAUGUGAAGAAAGCUUGGCACAGCUUGAUGGGAAAAGUAUAA